AUGUUCCACAAGUCUACGAAUUUUAAAGUCGCUGACAAAAGCGAGAGCCGUUCAAAGCGAGAAACUUCCGAGGAGUGAUUUCUUACUCUUCCUUGAAAAUUGAUGUGCAAAUUUUCAGAACUCCAGAAGAUCAAAGUCCUAAAAAAUUGAACGAGAAGCGGCCUGCUCCCACAGCAGAUGAGAUACCACUCGAAGAAGACUUUUUUGGCGACAGUUAUUUCGAAAAAAUGAAACGUCGUCGCAUCAGACGUUCCAAGGUAUUCUUGAUUUUUGCGUAGUUUGAGAAAUGAAAAAUUUUCAGGUCGACCAUUCGGAAAACUUCCCGAGUGAUACAUAUGUGGAAAAUUUCGUAGUACUCGAUAAUUUAUCUGUCGGUCCAUGUGAAUAAUUUAAAAAGUUAUGCAAUGUUUUAGAAGUACGUGCGCCCCAUUAAAAAUUCGGACAGAGUCGACACGAAAGAGCUUUCUUAUAUAAUCGCCAAAACGGAACAAAAUGAGACGGUGAGUCAUUUUUUUUUAGGAAUCUUAUUCUUGCUAAUUAGAAGGACUUUGAUGUUUCUGAUACAGUCUUCGGACCGGAGAACGUUUAUCCCGAUGAUAUAAUCCAGAGAAGGAUCGAAAAGCUGACUGUGGUCUGUGGAUCGUUAUUUAUCAAAAUUCCUUUUUUUUUUCAGAAAACUGAGAAAAUUAUGAAUGAAAAUGCAGAAAUGCGCAAAACUCAACUCGAUGCCCUGCCUAUAAACCCUUUCUUGGAAAAAAUGUUGUUUCGAAGGUAAUUUUCGAGAGCUUGUCUGUGGAUCAGUAUUUAUUGAAAACAGACUUUUCCCGCGUCAAAAACAGUUUGGUUUUUCAAAAAAAAAAUUUUGAGAGACCCGAUAACUUUUAAAUGAGUUUAAGAAUUUUCGAAGUAGUUUGUCUUGAAUAAAAUUAUAGAUACAGCUCGAAGUAUCAUUUUUUUCAUUUUCGAAUGUCUUGAAAAAAAUUUAUUAGUCGGUCAUACACUUUACUAGAAAUGUAAAACUAGAACCUUCAUUAGCACAGGUAUAAGAGUAAAAAAACCUCUUUCGUCUCAAUGCUUAUAUCGAUCUUCAAGGUUUUUAAAUAUAGUAAACGUGAGGGAUGUACAUCUGGAUUUCAGUUUUCAAAACUGAUUCUGACCUAUUUAUCGUUUUAAAAAAGUAAUUUAUUAAAUUUAUUUUUCUGUCUUCAAAACUGUCAGGCUGUCUCAGUAAUUUAUUUUUGCUUUUUUCAAGCGAUGGAAACACAAUUUGCGGCUCAGCGGUCGGGUUCAAGCGGUCUUUCCAUUCAGACGUUGUGAGGCACAACAUCAAGUACUACGAUCUGCCCGAGAUCGUUCUGUGGAACUUUUUCCCCUUCGAGUAAGUUUUAUUUCAACGUUUUUUUUUUGUUGACUCUACGAAAUUAAGUCACAUUUUUCACUCGAGUGUCGAAAGUUCUGCUCAAGAACUUGCGCCUUCUUUGAUUGGAGAGCUGAUUUCAAACGAAGUGACUUGUAGGAAAACUGGUUUGUUUACCGACAGUGUUUAAGUUGAUUGAAAACUUAAGAUCUCAUGGAAAAGUUUCACAAAAUCGCAGGGCGAAAACGGCAAGGCGAAUAA